AUGAGGAAGGCGAUCCAACAACGAAGCGACGAAAGAGAGAAACCGAUGGAAAUGAAGAAGCAAAAAAUCACCAAUACUCCGCUCGAGUCGGCUAUCGAGAAAGUACUUGAGAUAUGUCAAAAGUUGUUGGAGAAACAGGAAAAUCUCGAAAAAUCCAACAUGGAAAUUGUCGAGAAACUUCGAUUGGCUGAAGAAAAAAUAGAUAAAAUUUCGCAGAAACGCGAAGAAGACACUGUCGAGGAGAAACUAAAUGAAGAGACGACAAACGGCAUCGAGAAUUCAGUCAUUCCAACAGAGUGUUCUGAUGAAAAAUCAUCUCAGAUAUUGCCAAUGACAGGAAAAUGCUUUGUGCUGAAACAUGUCUUCACAAAUGUUCUGCAAAUGACGGAAAAAAAAUUAUAUUAUGGCAAAGAAGAAGAACAUUUUGGAGUGACAUGGGAGUUUGGCUUGUAUGGCGCGGAUCCUUUAAUCGAAUGGAAUAGAAUGAAGGAAGAAUUUCUCGAUGAUGGCAAGCUGGCCGUUGAGAUUCAUGUGAAAAUCAAGGAAAUGUCAGGAAUCUAUAAGAAUGAAUUGAAAAGUUUCGGUGAUGAAAUGAAAUCAUUUUCUGAUGUUGUUCUUGUUGUCAAUGAGAAGAAGUUUCACACUUUGAAAUUGUAUCUAUCUGGACAUUCUCCAUAUUUCAAUUCGCUUUUAAUGGGAAAUUUCCAAGAAUCGAAGAAGUCUGAAAUCAAAUUGACUGGAAUCGAUGCGAAUGAUUUUCAGAAUUAUCUUGAAUUACUUUAUGGAGAACAAUCGAUUGAUGGUUAG